UUAGCCAGGUACAUAUACCUUUCUACCUCUAUGCAUAAAUACGUAGAUUCCGUCUAACCAUACGCUUAAUUCUGGUUAUAACCGAGCAUCGCUAGUCUAAAUUCUAUUUUUUUCUUUCAUACAUCGUACCAUUAUUUUACGUGGUAGAUAUAUAUUUUCUGGUUAAAUCAUCCGUUGUGUGUACGAGUUGAACAAAUUUCCCCUUAUUUGAAUCAGGGCCCGAUUCACGGGGAAAGAAUUGAUUAAUUACGCUUCCUAACAACGCACACGGAAGCUCAAGAUAUCGGUGUACUUUUCUUCUUAUCUAUUCAAAUUUGAUGGCCAAAAUUGACCCCAUAUGCAGUUAAUGCUGCCGUCUAAAUUUGUUUUCAGCCGUUCUUUUAUUACAUGAAUAACAAUUCUCGUCUGCGGGACCGUAAAAACGGAAGUCUUAUGUGAUAGCUUUUUGGUCGGCUGAAUAUAAAAAUGGACCCAAAUUGACCCAAUUUACUAACAGACCUGCUAGACUUAUUUUUGUUUAAAUUGAAUAUUAAAGCAGUUACAGUAACCUUACAUCAAUGAAUUGUUAAAUUUCAGCGUAAAUCUUCAAAAAAUGUUUUAAUUUUGUUUUCAAAUAAGGCUCGAACAUUUGAAGCACAAUGUUCAGUUCUUUUACAAAGAGCAUCUCUGAUUUUGUGAGUGAAAACAUUGCUAUUGACGAAACAAUACCCGCACAAAAUCCACAAACUUUGCCUCGAGCUGCCGGAAAGCAGCAACGUCCCGCAAGCGCCAAUGUUUCCAGGAACUCGUCACCGGGUCAUGUACCCCGGAACCCGAAUAAUGUUUUAACCAACCAAAACUUACCCUCAGCCGGUCGUGGAAGAAGCCAGGAACCGGGAAACCGAGCUAACACAAACGCCGGUGGAGCUUCUCGUCGACCAUAUGCAAGUGUUUCGUCGUCGCGAACAACAUCGCGGGAUCCGUCUCCAGCAACGGGACCGAGAAACGAGCCGAUGAGCGCAGAACAGCAGGCUGACAAUGGUCCAUGGAAUACGCAAGAAAAGCUUUUAAUCGACCAUUUAGGCCUUAACGCGAAAGAAUUGGAAGGCCUUUCGAAGUUCGAAUUGGUUCAAAUUGCGGCUGUUCACGCUGAAAUGAAGCACCAAGAAAAGGGAGGAAUUGACUUAAGUGCAGGUCCCUGCAUUGAAUCAAUGUUGUUGUCUCAAAUUGUCGAUAUUCCGGGGUUAGCUCAGUCUGAUUUGAUGCAUUUGAGUCCAAAAGAGAUUGCGAAAAUUGCAUCGGUUAAUAAUCAGUCAGUUGAAGCUAAAGAACCUCCAAAACAGGAUCUGCAGAAACAGAAAAGUGCCCAAAAAACAGCUGCCGCUUUAGGUCCUCAAGCUAACAGUAGCAUUAAGGGAUCCUCAGGAACUGUAAGUAACAAAAGCGGUCUACGAGGUGGCAUGGGCGAAAAGCAGCUUCCCAAUGUAACCCCAGCCAAGACAUCAAAAAUCGAAGACAAAUCGACCCUUUCUUUUGACAGUUCAAAUCUUUUCAAAAAGACAAAUGAAUUAUCAAAGUCUAUUACUGGAAUUGACAAUCCAACUGCUGUGUUGCAAGGGAAAAUGAACAAUCUGAUUUCGACUGGAAUGGAAAACGUUCAAAAAGUCCAAUCUCUGAACCCAGUGAUUCCAGUGACAACCGAACCCAAACAUGCGGCGCCUGCGAAAAGCGUCUGGGAUUCUUUGACAAAAUCUGAAAAGUCGAAGUUAUCAACCAUGGGUUUAGACGAGACUGCAGUGAAUGGGUUGUCUAAAACUGAGGUUGAACAAAUUUUAAGCGUCAUGAUGGAAUCAGAAAACCCUAACAGUACUGGUUCUAAGAACCCAUCAAGGGAAACCUCACGUGCUUCAUCGCCGACUCGUGGGAAUAACUCACGAGUUGAUUCGACAUCUCGGAACCCCGAAGUCGAGAAAUCUCUAGCCGAAGUUUCAAACCAAGUGUCCAAGUUUUUCGGAUCUGCUGGUGAUCAAAGUCUGCAUGAUGACUGUAGUCAAACUAAAAAAGAUAAUCAUGUUUCCUUGAAAAAGAUGGAAUCUGUUGAUGUUCUCAAGGCACCACCUAUUCAGAGAGUCAUGAGCCAGGAGCAACAACUUGCCGAGCAGCGUCGUCUGGAUAACGAGAGGCGACUUCUUGAAGAGCAGCGGAUGUUGGAAGAAGAAAUUCGAAUGGAAGAAGAACGUCAGAAAGCCGAGGAGGAAAAACGAAUUGCCGAGCAGAAGCGACGAAAACAAAUGCAGGAGCGAAUUGAAUCUGAGAGAAAACGACUUGAGCAGGAAAGAAUUGAAGAAGAAGAACGUUGGCGUCGCGAGGAGGAGGAGCGUCUGCGCCGCGAGGAGGAGGAACGUCUGCGUCGCGAAGAGGAGGAACGUCUGCGUCGCGAGGAAGAGGAACGUCUGCGGCGCGAGGAGGAGGAACGUCUGCGUCGCGAGGAGGAGGAACGACUGCGUCGCGAGGAGGAGGAACGUCUGCGUCGCGAGGAAGAGGAACGUCUGCGUCGUGAGGAGGAGGAGCGUCUGCGUCGCGAGGAAGAGGAACGCCUGCGUCGCGAGGAGGAGGAGCGUCUGCGUCGCGAGGAGGAGGAGCGUCUGCGUCGCGAGGAGGAGGAGCGUCUGCGUCGCGAAGAGGAGGAGCGUCUGCGUCGCGAGGAGGAGGAGCGUGUGCGCCGCGAGGAAGAGGAGCGUGUGCGCCGCGAGGAGGAGGAGCGUCUGCGUCGCGAGGAGGAGGAGCGUCUGCGUCGCGAGGAAGAGGAGCGUCUGCGUCGCGAGGAGAAAGAGCGUCUGCGUCGCGAAGAGAAAGAACGCUUGCGUCGCGAGGAGGAGGAACGUCUGCGUCGCCAGGAGGUGGAACGUCUACGUUUUCAGGAAGAGGAGGAGGAGCGUCGGCGUCGCGAGGAGGAAGAACGUCUGCGUCGCGAAGAUGAUGAGCGAAAUCGUCGCGAAGAAGAGGAAAGAUACUAUUGGGAGCAACAGAAUCGUAGGCGCAGAGAUGAUGCUGAUGAUGAUUAUCGGCGGCGAGGGGCUCAUGAUAGAUAUCAACGAGGUGAUGGCGAUGACAGAUUUCGAAAAGAUGAAGAACGAACCCGACGUAAUGGGAAAAACUGUGAUAAACGUUCGGACUCAAGAAGCUACGACAAACAAUAUGAUUCACGGUAUGACAAGGAUCCCUAUGAUGACCCUUUCUCAAAUCCCAGCAGCAAUCGAAAUAAGGAUCACCCAGGAUCUGAAAAUCGGGAUGACUACCAGUAUCUCGGAAACGAGCGAACCGAAUAUCGUGAUUUAAGUUCAAGAAGUCAGCAUCAGGGCCAGCAAAGGUCAGGCGAUACCUACCAGAGCUCAGCUCCCGGCGAUGAGCGGUCAAGAAUGGUGCAACAGUAUCAUGAGCAAGAGAUGCGAAGAAACAAGUAUGGAGAUGUAGACAUUUACUUCUCGGAUGAAGAUAUGGAAUCGGAUUAUUCAGUUGAAGAAGCGGCAAGAGGUCGACAGUAUCAAGUGACAUACAACAAAAAUUUCCCAGAGAGCCGAAACGGCGAGAACUCAAUGCCUUUGCAACGAAAUGACUUUGAGUCGAAAUGUUCCACUCCUAGUAGAAAUGUGGGUACAGAAAAAACAAUGCCAGGAGAGCAAAAAACUUCUGAAAAAAAUCCAGAGAACCCCAAAAAGAGGGCACUUCCUCCCGGUUUGACGGAAGCUGAUGUCGCGGGCCUUUCAGCAGCUGAACUUGAAAUGAUAAUGUCAGUUAUGGCACGCGCAGAUGAAGAUGAAAUUGUUGAACUAACUCCUGAAGUUGCUGAAUCAAAAUCUAGCGGAAAUGUUCACAGUGGAAGUAAUGAAUUGCGUUCACGUAAUGAUGACGUAACAGUUGAUCAUUUCACUGGCACUUCAUCAAUUAUGAAUCAAAACAGGCAUGAAACGCAAAAAUCUGGCGGUGAACUUAAUCGUGACGGAGUGAAAAAAGAACAACUUACAAACAAAAAAGAUUCUCAAAUUAGACAUACUUUGCCAAGUUUUCCUGAUGACGAUAGUAGAGAUACGUUUGCAGAAAAAGGAAAAACAACUAAUUUUGGAUCUAGGGAUUUGCAAGACGUACAACUGUCCGGAUAUACAUCGGUGCAACCUGCUAUAAAUCAGCUGGAUAAAAGCAAAACUGUAUCCAGUAUUGCUGGUGAAAGAGAUAGUUUUUCCAGUGGUGGGAUAAAUACAUCCUCAUCUGAUUUUGUAGGAAGCGGAGUUAAAGGUAGUACCACCGUUGAUUACAAUAAUAUUGCAUUAUCGCCGUAUGAGAACAGUUCGCAAGUGAAUAUUAGAGCGGACACUGAACCAUCGAAGCGUAACAUUGGAAAUAGUGGACUUGAUUCUAUUUCUUCAUCCAGUGCCGAUUUUUAUCACGGACAGAAGAGUUUUGGAGAAAAUCGUCAUCUCAGCGGCAGUGAUUUUUCUACCAGCGACACUUCAGCUUUGGGAAAUUUUAGUGCUCCUCAGAACAAUAGUUUAAACAAAGGGUUGCAGAAAAAGGAAAAUCAACAAAGUUUGGACCGUGAACAAAGGAAUAGUUCAGCUGACGUUAUAUUUUCUUCACAUUACCAAUAUACGAAUAGCGCCAACAAAUCUGACCUUGCAAAUAACCACUCAUAUUCUCUUUACCAACAGCAAAAUAAUGGCAAUUUUCCCCAACGAAUAAUCAACAGCAAUAACAACAGCGCCGAUGGUUCAUUUUCAACUUACAACACUUCAGCUGGACUUUUUAAAGCUGAAGGCACCAACAGUAAUUUUUCAGAGCAAAAUUACAAUACAAACAAAGUUUACGCUACAAGUGCUGGAGAAAACUUUAACAACACUAGUGAAAGUAGCGGGAAAAUAGAUCAUAUUUCAUUUUAUGAUGUUAAUAGUGCAAAAAAUGUUGGAAGCGCUAGCAACCAGAUUUAUCAGAAUACUAUUUUGUCCGGUGUUAACUUCGAUAACAUAAAUAUACCUGGACAAUCAAGUUAUAACAGUAGUGGAAUUGUUACUUCAAACAACAGUUUUUAUUCCAAUACUGAUGUAAGCUCGCAUUCAUCAAAUUCAAACGGCUAUAAGGUUGAUCUUCAAAAAAGUGCGACAUCCGAUAAAUUCGCCACGGAGACAUCUGUUAAUCAUGCCAACUCUUCAACUGAAAAUACAAACAAUGUGUCAAGUAACUUGAAUUUCUCUUCGCAAGGUUAUGGAAACUAUGAUUUGGGUUACACAGAUUCAAAAUUAUCCUCAAACUCUGGAAACUUUGGAAAAAAUUACGGACAAAAUUCUAAUGAAAAUCGAACAAAAUUUGAAAACAUAUAUGAACAACCCCCACCACGCGUAACGUCUCAACCUUGGAAUCCAAAUCAGCAUUCGAAAAUCUCGUCCAAUCAGACUGGAGGAAACGAGGCCGACAACCCAUCGCAGAAACAGAUCGAAGAAGAAAGUUAUUAUGCUAACUUACCUUACCAACAGGUAGUAGCGCCAAUAGCAAUUUCGGAUAUUUCUGACGAUCAGUUUGACAGCUAUGAAAAAGAACAGUCGUUUCCGUACGUCGACGAACCUCAGAACAAACUGCUACCUAGUAACCGAAACCAACAUAAGAGCUCUCAAAACUUGGAUUUGCGUUCGCAAUAUAGUCAAAAUUUGAAUAUAAACCAACAAAACAAAUCAACUGUGAACUCUGAGAUGGAAAAUAUCAACGCACAACUUUUGCUGAAACGAGGGGAAGAAACAGCGGCAAAUUUUGGAAAGAUGUUUGAGAAGGCAAAUAGUGCAAUUUCGAGCUUCGCAGAGGAUUUUUCGAAGGGGAUGAACUAUGGGUUGGACCCCUCGGGAGAAUUGAUGGACCCGCACAAGCCUCCUCAGAGUUAUCAGACCGGAACAAUUGGACAAAACCAACAACAACAACUACAACAACAAUCAGGUGACGAGGACCAGCAGUCUACUUUUAAAUUAUGCAUUCAGUGCACUGAGACCAGACUGGACCACAGUGCGGAGACCAGCAACGGACACUUCUGUGCCAGCUGUGCCAACUUCAUCUGUCUACAGUGCUGCAAAUUAGUCACCAACCAUGCAACUAAACGCAAAGAGUGGCUCUGUCUUUAUUGCCACAAAGGCGUGCCCAGAAUGAGUCACCACGUGAACAACAACUUACAAGGUCACUCCUCGUCUUCAUCGGCCAAUCAGCAACAUGUGAAUUCUGGACUGAUGGGACAGGACAUGGACAUGGCUACUCCUUUUGAUCAGAAGGCGUCUGCAGCGAAUUUAUCGAGUUUCUUCCUGGAUGGUGAUUUUCUCAAUCUUGAGAAGAGUCAGAAAGAAUUGAGAAAACAGAAUUCGACAGAAUCAAACGACGGCAAAAUCAAACUCGAAAAGAAAGAGCCUCAGCAGAAAGUUUCAACUUCUUUCGACGAUUUUGAUCCGAACCAGUACCUCGCCCAACUAAGCUGGGACACCGAGACAAUUUCAACCAAUCAGAGUGAAGCUAGUUCCGACUUGAGUUCUCAGAACAAAAACACCGAACACACAAUCAAGUGGAGUUCGUCGUCGUCUUGGAAGCCGAAACAAAACGAGCCUUCGAGCCAAAUGCAGGAAACUUCGAUAAAUGGCAGUUUUGAAACUAGCGACACCAGAUUAACUACCGAUAGUCGUGAUGCGGAAUCUAAAAAAACGGCGCGUGAAAAAUCUCCGAAUCGGAUAAUGCCGCCGUUGCCCAAAGAUAUCCAGAAAAAGACUCAACAAGAACAAAAUCAAGGAGUAAGCUCAUCGUUUCAAAAUUUUGCGCAAUCUGAUUGGUCAGCGAAGAGUAGCUCUGAUUCGUCUGGCCAAUCACAGCACCCGGUUGUAUACUACGACAACCAAAGCGCAGACUCUGCUCAAAACGAGUAUUCUUAUUACGACUACGGAAAUUACGACGAUAACGUGCAAUAUUAUGAUUACGAGCGUUAUAACUCGGGCUAUUACGACCAGUACGGAAACUGGGUUGAACAACUUGAGCCCAUUUACCAAAAACACGAUAUUGGGAAUUCGCAAAAUGAUUAUGAAAAUGUCGUCGAAAAACGAGCGGGUUCUAAUUUUACAAAUGAGCAGUCAUUAACCAGUUCAGUUAGUACUAGUAACAAUAACAUCAGCAAUAGUAGUAGUAGUAAAUUGUUUGAACAAAGCGCAUUCGACAUACCACCCGGGGUCAUCUCGGAACGCCAGGAGCCGAGUUCCAAAACUCAUUCUUCAAGUGUUGCCAGUAACGAGCCGAUUUACGAGAACACUGAAAUCAUGUACCCAAUGAUUCACGAUGGAAGCGAGAGCUAUUCUCAAGACAUAAUGGAUUCGAUGAAUUAUCAAGAUCAUUAUAGUUCAGAUGAAGGUUCGGAUGUUGAACUUAUCGAAGAAGGUUCGAUGGAUCGCUACAACACUUUCACUAACCUAAGCACAGCUAAAGAGAAAAACAAGAAAUCUUCAGGAUCUGAAAACAGCCUAGAGGAAUUUGAUGAGAAUUCUCAAUCCGCGAAUUUUGAGAAUGAAGAAGAAAUGUUGGACCCUGAUAGCAACAAUUUCGUGCAAUAUCAACAAGAGCAAGAGAUUUCAGCCGCGCUUGCAAAAGCGGGAAGACAUCCCAGAACACCUCUAUGCACCUUGAUCGAAAGUUCCGAAGAGGAAGAACUCAGCGACUUUGGAAUGAGUCGGAACAAGAAGAAAGUAAUUGAGAUUCCCAAACGUCAAACGCGUUCUGAAAUGCUACAAAAAUUAGAAGAAAGAAAAGCUGAAAUUGGCCAAAAACACGCAAGCGUUUCAAAAAGCACUGAUAAAAAGUCUCAAAAUCAUCCUAAAAAUAACCAAAGUUUCCCAAGCGUCCAGCAGCAAGCGCGGUCUAAUCAAAUAAUUACAGUGGAAGCCCCAAAAAUUGCUCAAGCUAGUUCUACAAUUCAAGGCAGAGGUGUGCAAGCUUCAACGCAAACUAUGCCGAAAAGCGCUUUGAAAACAUCACCAAUUUCUAGUGCAAUACAUAGCAAUACUUCGUCGAGUGUCCCGAAAGUUCCGACUGCACCGCCUCCCCCGCCUCCUAUUACCACGAGCGGCCAAACUUCGCUUUAUUAUCGAUUGGCGAAGGAUAUGAUCUCGGAGCAUUAUCACGUGGGGAAAAGCUCUUACUCGCAAUCAUUAGCCAGUAGACUUGAAAUAGGUCAAACACCUGUUGAAUCUGUGACAGCUAGCAAAAAACUAGACCCUAAAUUUGCUCAAAGAUCAACUGGGGCUGACACGAGUGAUUUGACCUCGCGUCAACAGCAACCUUCAGCGGUCAAAUCAAGGUCACCAAACUAUAAAUGUACAAUUUCAACUCAAACAGGCGCUGAACAAUCGGGCACAGCUGUUUCGUUUUUGACUUAUAAAGACUCGGGUUCUAAAACGACUCGAGGUUCCGAAACACUUCAAAGUACAAGUGUUGGUACCGAUACAAGCGCUUCUGGAGGCCAACCUGUCAAAGAAAAAAGGGUCAAAUUCUUGGAGAAACGAACUUGGAGCUUACCCGAAACAGAAGAAGAUUCCGAAAUGGGUUCGCGUUCUCUAGCUGUAAACGUUGAGCGAGUUUUAAUUAAUUCUAACUCGAGCGAUGACGCAACCGAAAACUCCAUUGAGCUCGGAGCAACUUCUACUAAAAAGCAUUACAAAGACGCUUCCACGAGUAAAACCGAGAAAGACUUGUCGCCCAUUUCAAUUUUAUCGCCGACUCGACCUACUUCGUCGUCGAUUUCAGGGGUUGACAAAGCCCGAAAAAGCGGCGGUGUUAAAAGGGUUCUCCCCCAACCUGACCCAGAAGAAGUAGAGGAAGAAGAAAACUCGAAUCGAUUCGGAACCCGAGUCAAAGCGCGGCCGCUGCGAAAUGACGAGGUUGAUAUUCUACGAAAGAGACUGUUAACUCCAUCUUCAAAAGACAAAAAAUACACGUCUUCGUCAUCGAGUCAUUCUGCUAGUUCGUCAACUGGCCAACCGCCUUUGCAAUCAAUACUUAAGAAAGAGAAUCAGUCCAGAAAUGGCACCUCAGAGCCAAAAGGACGCAGAAUGACGUCAACGUCUGUGCAAGCCGACGGAAAUGACUUCGAGAUUUCACGCGAUGUUAGAGCGGCUUUGGAACAAGGGAGGAAAACGUGGGAGUAUGAUGAUACGGAUGUGUUUUUGGAGCAGCAUUCUGGUUUGAGGAAGAGUGCUGGAAACAGACUUAAAAACGACUUGUCGAAAUAUGACCCCUUCAAGAAUGAGAGCGAAUCAUCCUACUCAAGAAGUUCACAUCUCGAUUCUUCACAAGAAGUUGACGACGAUCUUAUGCGGCAACUCAAGAGCAAAAUUGGAUACCUCGAGAACUGCAAGCGCGAGAACUUCGAGUUCCAUUCCGGAAUCACAUCGGGGGUUUCUGGGCCGGGAUCGAAAGAAAUCAGAACCCAAACUAGACUCGGAUCUCCCAGACGAAGCCCAGACCCGAGUUUCCAGAGGAAUGUCUCCGGGUUGCAAACAUCCUCGGGAUCCCAUUUGACACUUCCGGUUGGAUCUCGGGGAUUAAAAAACGGUCGAAACUGGUCGCCGAAUGUGAUGGAUUUAACCGUUCAUAUAGAAGAGCCAAACCCAAUUGUGAACCAACAGAAGAAGAAAGUUCAUCAAGAAAUGAAGUUUCUGGUUGAUGACUUACAGCGUCGGCAACUCACGGAAGCACGGCGAGCUCUGACGAGCAUCACGACUCAAAAAACAACUGAUUUAGAGAAAUAUGCCUACCCAAAAGGUCGAGGUCUAGUAUGGGUUGCCUCGCAGGCUGUAAAACCCAAAAUGAUGAACCAGAGGUUGAGUCCGGCAGUCGUUCCGCAGUCGCACCAAAUGGUGGCACCGUCGCCUGUUCCGUCUCUGGAUGGCACUAUGAGGUUCCAAGGCCAUCAGGGACAACCCGAUCAAGUCAUUGUGACGCCAGGAUUCGCGACCGGAGUUUCAAUGAUUCCCCCUACACCUCCCACUUUAAUUCUACCCACAGCACCCAUGACUCAACUUCCCACUUACGCUCCGGCUGCAGUCGGCGACUUGAUUCUACCCGCGGGUCUCGGCGAUCGGCUGUUUCAUUCGAACGCGGCACUGAAUGUUCCGACAACCACUCGACUUUUCAUUGAUCCGAGUACUACUGCGACUUACUUGUCGACGCGAGAUAGAUACAUGUUGUCGCCUGGACAAAACUACACGAUGGGUGGACGGAAUGCGGACGCGGAGUUCGACGCAAUGCGAAGAAACCGGAUGGCCGAAACGAACGGCUUCGUUCCAGGACUAUACAUUCCGAACUCGAAUCAGGAUGCGAACAAUUUGUACAACAGAGCGCUGCUACUAAACCAAAACGAGCAAAGUUUGGCAAGAAUGCAACCGAUUUAUGAAAACGAUCCUUACGGGCUUCGAAACCUGACACCUCAAGACCCGGCUACUAUAAAACGGGACUCCAAACUUGAGCUGAUAGCUUCGUUGCAGCAACAACUUGACGACCUCUAUAGGGUUGAACUGUACAGGUCUGCUGUCGAUGCUAAUACGGGUUUAGUCGGACCCCCGAACCCCCCUCAACCUUCCCCUGCAACCCUAGGUCUAACUGGAAACGCCUCGAUAAACGAGCUGAAAAAGUCGAUUGAUCAGCGUUGGCAGCAACUUGACCAAUCAUCGACGUUGUUACGUAAUCUCAGCGCCAAUAGGCUGGCUCAGACUUUUUCGACCAACAAUAAUGGGCCAUCGAAUGGCAUGGAUUAUAACCAAUCAAAUCUGGUGGAUCCUAAUUUGUUCAUUACGAACAAUAACAUGGCAAGUUUGUACGACCCCUACCCAGUUCGAGAUUUAAAUGCCCUACCAAGCGUGAUAGUUGAAGAAAUUAACGAUUCGGGUUCGGUUAUAAGUUCCCCUAACCAAAUGACGACUUUGGUAACUAGCCCGACAUAUUCAUCAGCUUUUAAUCAACUACAAAGCACAAUUGAACCUAUAAUCCAACAGUCGGCUCAAACUCAGCACAUGCAAGCCCAAAUUUUUCAACAACAACAACAAAUUGCCCAAACGCAGCAGCAAUUACAAUUGCUGCAGCACCAAACAAACCAACAGCAAUUUCAGACCCAAAAUCCAGUCCAAAGUGCUAUAACAGCUCCUGGACAAAUGCAAGUUCAAGAUCCCCAGGCUAUUAUUUUGCAACCCCCUGUAAUGACUAAUCAGCCGUUCUUAGGGGUGAAUCAAGGUGGCAUUUUCGACGGAACUGGCGCUUUGCCGAAAACGGGCGCCCAACCCAAUUUAGCUUUGACGCCUUUACAGCAACAUCAACAGCAGGCAUUCAGUUUGGGCAAAAAAGAAACGCCAGAUUUUGGACACAGUUACAACUCAAAGACCCUGUCGCUUCCCCACAACAAAUCAAACUUGAACCCGAACUCGGGUGGGAUCAUAAGACCCUUAGAACAGAAUCAACAACAGGGACAACAAAGUUCAAGUCAACAACAGCAACAGCAACAAAGCUUGAUAAAUUCUAUGAACAAUAACCCAUACGCAACACUGUCCCGAGCCGCAGUUAACGAAUACUCGAACCACCCACAAUUCUACGACAACCAAGUUUUAAGUGGAGCUAGAUCCGGCCAAAGGUUAACAGGUCAUUUUGGGGGGAAUAAUGACCCCCAAUUUACCUCCCUGGGUGAUAAUUUUUUCAACUUAGGGGGCCAAGAAAAAGCAGUCCGAAGUAUGACUGAUCUAUCGCGUCCCAGCCAACCCCCGGAUUUCUUGGAAAGAGCGCUUAUAAAACCAAGUCAGCUAUCGAUCGAAGAUUUGAACGACGGUCAUUUCAAGCGACAAGUAGACCAUUUUAGACAAGAUGGUCAAAAUGUGAUAAGCAACCGUGGACUUGUGAUGCAAGAGUUUCCGACGCGUGAUCCGGGCUCGAUCAAUUUCUCCCAACUACCUUUGAAAUCCUUCAGGCUGAGCCAAGACCCAAAAGACCGAAGUGGGCGAAGCAACGGAUUAGGUUUGAGCAUAGUCGGGGGUAAAAUUAUACCAGAAACCAGUAACACCAAAGUGGCAAUGAUCCAGAAAAUUUUCCCGGGAAAAGUUGCGGAAAUUUUGAACCCACAAUUGCAAGAAGGUGACGUUGUUAUUGAGUGGAACGGGAACUCUUUAGUGGGCAAAACUUAUGAGGAAGUUCAAAAUAUAAUUCAGUCGAAAACAACUGGCGACGUUGACAUACUAGUGUGUCCUCAGGCGCAAGCUAAAUCGAUCAUGUCAAAAGCAGAUCGAACUGCUCAAAUGAGUGUCUAUUCCUCAAACGGCCCAAAUAACCAACGAGUUAAAAAAGAAUACGACUUUCACAACAUGCAGUUUAUCAAAGGUCAAGUUCAAGGUCAACAAGGGUCAUCUUUGAUUAUGACGUCAUCACAACAUGAUCAGUGGGGAGGAACUCAAGGUCAAAUGAGCAACCAGUUACGUAAUAAUUUAAGCGCGUCUUACAAUCAAGAUCUGAACCGGAGUCGAAUCCAAGUUAGUCAAAAUGAUGACCCGAUACAAUACGGGAACCCUGGUAGCAAAGCGUGGCGUGGAGCUGGUAUAUAUUCGACGUUGCCAAGGGGUCGACCCGGUAAUUCUGAUGCACUUUUGGCACGCCCAGGAGGUAAAGUGCAGCAGAAGGGAUUGUGGUUGGACCAGCAGGAUGGGGGGUUCGGAGGUCCGGUUGGCAACCAGGGGCGGAACGUGGACGAUGGAUUUGGACACCAGUUUAGUACACUUCCGAUAACUCACUCGGAGCGGAUGAACAACCCCCGAACAAACCCGACUUGGCAGGCAUCCCAGCCAGACUUCCAAGACCCUUCCUUACUGCAAAAGUCCCGAAUUACUCUCACUCACAGUCGGGAAUUUGAAAUGUGUUGCGCUGAGGAGGAAAUAAGAGGAGAGAUGCAGAUAGCAGUGGCUUACUCGGAUGAGACGCAGGAGCUGGUGGUGGACAUAAUACAGGCCAAGGGCUUGAGUCCCCCCUCCUCCAAGAUGACUGCAGACCCAUUCGUCAAGGUCUAUUUACUACCCGACAGAUGCCCUGAGAACAAGCGUCGAAUCCGGUACACCCGUGCCACUCUACACCCCUUCUGGAAUCAGAGCAUCGAGUACGGAUUCCUGCCCCGGAACCACCUGCCCAGGAAGUACCUGGAACUGACGGUGUGGGACUACGACAAACAGAGGACAAACACUUUCCUGGGAGAGGUGAUAGUAGAUUUAGGCGACUACACAGUGUUGGACGGUCGAGCGAGAUGGUACCUGCUAACAGAACACACAGACAGUCCAGACGCCUAUCUGGAUAGAGUGCACUUGAUGCAGCAGCACAGACUCACUGGAGCAGGGCCAGGGGUCAAAGGUCAACCGGGGUCAAGUGGAGGAGGACAAGGUGGGGUGGUGAGGAAAGCGAGGUCGCAGUCUGAGUUGGAAAAGAACAGAUUUGGACGCUUGAGUGGUGAAUUUGACCGUCAUGGACGAAUGAAAUCGGCAGGUGGGGGGACUGGUGGAUCUGGGAACUACAACACCCACGACCCCACCCGAGGGGGAGGAGGAGGCAGGAACAGCCGAUGGGACUCUGACCCAGAGAUGUCGGCCAAUGAGUUCGCAGAAGGACAUGACUAUGGUCAAGGUCAAGGUCAAAUGAACAGACGAGGUGUUCAACAUGGAGGGUCAUCGAGGGGUCUGCGGGCGAGGAGUUUGGAGAGACAACUAGACGGCGAUGGAGGAAGAGAACCAUACUACACUAAUGACCAACGAAGGAUCCGAAGUUCCUUGAUUGAAACUGGAGGUGAAGCGGAGCAUGAAAACAUUUGCAGACUGGCAAAUUUAUUGGCUAAUGACGCCUUGACCAUGUAAACAUACUUGUGCGUAAUAAAGCAAAACAGUUUUUUUUCAAUGUUCAACAAAUCGAGUAAUUUAUUCAAGUAAUUAAGUGAGGUGUAAUCAUCACUCUGUUUAGUACGAUAUAUCGAAUCAAUCAAAUGUAAUUCAAAUAGUUUGCACUGAUUAGUCAAUUAAA